CUAGUAUUACUUCAUGUGCACCCUUUCUGUUCGCAGUAGUAUUUGUAAUAGAAGACUGCUUUAACUUAAUUUUCUUAUUCAUAAAAAAUAAACAAAAUCUGUACCUACAUAUGUAACCUUUUGAAGAACUAAUUUUAUGAAAGCAAUAUUUUUAUUAAUAAAUCACUUCAUUUCACUUUGGCAUAAGUACUAAGAGACAAUUGGUUAGGUAUCAUUCUACAGUUUAAUUUUCAUGCAACGUUUUACUUAAAUUACUUAUGUUAAUAUUUUGCAUAUUCACAAACUGCUUAGGCCUCUUAUACUAUUCCAUCCCAACGCAUCAAGAACAUAUAAAAUUUUUAAAGAAUUUAAUUUUGUUAGAAUUUCCAAAACAAAUAAUAACACCAAAAACCUUUCAGGGAACACUGAAGAUUAGAAAAUAAUCAAAAGUCAGGAAUUUCCGAAAUAAAUUGUAAUAAUAAAACGAACUAUAUUAAGAUAUAAAGAUUAUACUGCUCCCUUUAGAUUACAAACAAACGUAGCCCUGCUAAUUUUAAGGCAAACCACCCUAUAAUCCUAAAUAUCUAAAAUUAAUCAAAGAAAUCACUUGUAAAUCUAUAAAGGCAUAGAGGGGGCAAAUACAAUUUUUUUAUUUGCACUUGAAAUUUAGACAUGCAACUAGAAAUUUCGACUUGCAACUCGAAAUUUCAACUUGUAACUCGAAAUCAUCAUUCAACUUUUACCUUUAGAUCAAAUCCCCUUUACAUGUUUGUAGAAGCAUACACACCAGUUAUAAAGUAAUUUUUAGCCGAUAAUACUGGCUUUUUCAGAGUUUUACUAGUACUGUUGAAUGUAUUCAAGUUUUCCUUCAAACCCUUCUAUCUUUUUCUAUCACAUCUUCAUCCCCCGCAUUGCGAAUGUUCAGAUUAGGUAUUAAGAGUUAUUAACAACACCCACUUUGAACAUUCAAGUACACAGUAUAAAUUGCCAAAUUUAAUAUAUUAGAACCAGUCUCGCGUUGAUAAUUCCCACAUUAGAAGUGGGCCAAACACGCGUCCUCAGUGACAAAGUUUUGUGGUAAUUAGGGUGAGUCCCCUUUUUGUCUCUUAUACUAACUGAAGGGCUGGCCGCUCUUUCUAUCCCUGUUUAGUCUGCUACUGAAUGAAACGAAAAAUUCCUUUAAAAAUAUAAUUUGGUACAAAUUUUAUCUCUUUUUGUUUAUUUUGUUGAUUGCCUGUCUGAAUCAAGUAAUUGUACAGGUCAAAUAAUUGGAAGAUUUUUAAUUAAUCUGAAUGAGAAUCAGAGGAUGCCUUUAGAUAAUAUUCACUUAAUAGGGCACUCGCUGGGUGCCCACGUGGCCGGGUUUGCUGGUAAAGAAGUCGAAAAACAAACGGGAAACAAAAUAGGUCGUAUAACGGGUUUGGAUCCUGCUGGUCCGUAUUUUGAACAUCCCCUCAAAAAUCCUGCAGAUCGUCUUAGUAACAACGAUGCUAAGUUGGUGGAUGUUAUUCAUACGGACGGGGGGUUCUUUGGAGCAAUUAAUCCAAUGGGAACUAUAGAUUUUUAUGUAAAUGGGGGUGUACGGCCACAACCCGGUUGUACAACUAUUACUUUUGUUACUCCUACCAGUUUGGAGUCUUUUGUGCCUGUAGUGUUUUGCAGUCAUAUUAAAAGCUAUUUGUAUUUCAUCGAAUCCAUCAACUCCAAUAACUAUCAGGCUAUUAAGUGUGAUUCCUGGAAAUCCUACGAACGGGGGGAUUGUAACAUGAACGAGAAUGCUACAUUUGGCGCUAAUGUUGAAUCUGAUAAAAGUGGGAAUUAUUUUAUUGAAAUUGAUCAUUAGAAAAAAGUAGAAAAAAAUUAAUAAAAAUCGCCUGAACAUUUUAAAAAACCAAAUAUAUAAAAAAUACCCAUAAAUAUCUACUGUUUUUACUGUACAUGUGGGUAUUGAUUUAAAUAUUUAAUUCUAUUACAGCAUUUAAUUUUUUCCAUGUACCUAUGCAAUUUUAUUGUUCGAUAGCUAACACAUGUCAGUUUUUAAGUUUUACGCACCUGUUCGA